GCUUAUCGUUGCAAUCUAUUGCACUUUUUGGUACAUUAUGUCACUUGCUUAGUCAAAGAGAUAAAAAAUACAGUGCUCUUAAGUACGCGUUACGAUUAAAUAUUUUUUGUUCGCUGUGUGAUUCAACGCACACAUUAAAAAUGGAAGAUGUCCUAGAUGAAGUUGUUUCUUCGGAAGAUUUGAAGAAAUUCGAACGUGUAUAUCAUGAACAAUUACACGCAUCGGAUGUAACUCAAAAAGCACAAUUUGAGUAUGCAUGGUGUCUUGUGAGAAGCAAAUAUCCAGCCGAUAUCAGAAAGGGUAUAGUAUUGUUAGAAGAUCUGUACAAUGAUGACGGCGAUAGCGGAAAACGGGAUUGCUUAUAUUAUUUAGCUAUUGGUAAUGCCAGAAUAAGGGAAUAUUCGAAAGCUUUGUCGUAUGUCAGAGCUUUUCUCCAGGUCGAACCUGCUAACGAACAAGUGCAACAGCUCGAGACGUUAAUUAAGAAAAGGAUGGAAAAAGAAGGUCUUUACGGUAUAGCUGUGGCGGGAGGUUUAAUUAUCGGUGUUGCGAGUGUUCUAGGACUCGGAAUCGCAAUGGCUAAAAAAAAUUAAUCCUAUAAUAUUCGUGAAUUGCGUGUGACAUGAAUAGUUCAUUUAUGGGAAGUGAAAUCUUGCAAAGAAAUAAGAAUUAUUGAUAUUGGGACACCGAAUAAGUAUUUGAAUAUGUGCUUGACGUAUGAUAGAUGUACAUUCGUUCCCUAAUAAUUUUAUAUAUAUAUAUAUAUA